AUGCUGCGCGUCGGCGCGGGUGGCGGCGUGCAGAAGGUUACUCCCAAGGUCCUGUCCUUCAGGCAGGCCGCUCCGGGCCAGCCGGCGGCGCGGCCCGCGCCCGCGGCGCAGGUGGCCAACGCACCGACCUCAUGGGCCGCGGGCGCCUCCGCCUGGGACGACGAGGAGGAGCUCUAG